CACCGACUUAAAAACUAGACCUCCGUGCCUUGCAUUGCAGAUUAGGGUUUAGGGAUUACUCUCUUUCGGCCGCUUUACUUUUCAACGAGCCCCCAGCCCAUCGUCCCGAAGAAGUUCUCGCCGCCUGAAUCGAAAAUGCCGUCACACAAGACGUUCAUGAUAAAGAAGAAGCUGGCGAAGAAGAUGAGGCAGAACAGGCCCAUCCCUCACUGGAUUCGCAUGCGUACCGACAAUACCAUCAGGUACAACGCCAAGCGCAGGCACUGGCGCCGCACUAAGCUAGGGUUUUGAGACCAGGUCCAAGUUCAAAUCUCCAAUCCUUCGUGUCCCUGUAUUCCCCCUACAUCCCAUAGGAAUGAUUUAUAUAUUUUGAGAUGUUUGGAGCCUAUUUAAUUUUCAGGAUUGUAUGAUUUUCAGUUUAAAGACAAAUUCCAACGGUUUCUAAUUGCCUUUUCUGUAACCCUUGAGAUUCGAUCGGAGAUGGGGUACUUCUAACGAUUGCCAUUCCAAGAAGCUCCCUGGAUUUUUUUUCGUUUGUUCUUUCUUGCCGGGGUCCUUUGUUUUAAUCAAGCUGCAUUUGUCUGAA